AUGGUAGUAAAACAGGUCUACCACAACCCCAUCAUCCCCGGCUUCGCGCCGGACCCGUCAGUCGUGCUGGUUGACGGCGUCUUCUUUCUCGUCACCUCCUCGUUCCACGUCUUCCCGGGGCUGCCAAUCUAUGCCUCGACUGAUCUGCAAGAAUGGAAACACAUCGGCAACGCCAUCAACCGCAAGGAGCAGCUGAGCCUCGAGCAGGCGACCACGGCCGUGAUGCCCCUGGACACGGGAAACAUCAUGGUCGCGAGCGCCGGCCUCUUCGCGCCGACGAUCCGCCACCACGACGGCAGGUUCUACAUCGUCUGCACGAACACGGCUCAUGAAGGGGGCUCCUUCGCCACGAACAACUUCUAUAUCAGCACGACCGACAUCUGGUCCGGGAAGUGGUCCGACCCCAUCUACUUCCCCUUCAACGGCAUUGACCCCAGCCUGUUCUUCGACGACGACGGCCGCGUCUACGUCCAGGGCUGCUGGGCCAUCAGCCGGAUGGAGCAGCCGAGCUGCACCAUCAAGCAGUUCGAGAUCAACAUCGAGACCGGCGAGCCCCUUUCCGAGACCCGGGAGAUCUGGGGCGGCCACGCGCGGUACGACACCGAGGGCCCCCACAUCUACAAGCGCGGGGGCUACUACUACCUCCUCGUCGCCGAGGGCGGCACCUUUGAGCAUCACCUCCUGAGCAUCGGUCGCUCGAGGGACAUCUGGGGGCCCUACGAGUCGUGUGCGGCGAACCCGAUCAUGACGGCGGACGGCAAACCGGACGAGUACGUCCAGAACGUCGGCCACGGCGAGCUCUUCCAGGACCAAGGCGGGGCAUGGUGGGCGGCCGUCCUGGGUGUGCGCAACGAAGACGGCCAUCCGCCCCUCGGCCGGGAGACCUUCUUGACGGCGGUGGACUGGCCGGACGGCGGGUGGCCGACGAUCGCGCAGCCCAAGAUGGAAUUCUGUCGUUCCUCGGGCGUCACGGGGCCUGGCGAUGUCACAACGAUCCCCAGAUCGCCGGCGGGCGUCGAUCAUGUGUACAUCCGGAAUCCCCAGCUCGACAACUACGAGCUGAGAGGCGAAGGAGACGAGAGACUAUAUGUUCUCCGCGCUGCUCAGAGCAACCUGUCUUCCCCGUCCGGCACCUCAACGUUCAUCGGCAAGCGGCAGAGACACAUCGAGGCUAGUGCAUCGGUCGUUCUGGACCUUUCGAGCGUUGCCGCGGACAAGCCCGUGGUGGCUGGUCUGGCGCUGUACAAGGACGCCCUCAGACACGUGUCUCUGUCGUAUGAUUUCACAUCGUCGAGGCUUACGUUCGAGGUGGUGACGACGUCCAAAGACAAGUCGCACAUACUUUCGUAUCCUGUCAGACGAUCUUCUCAGACUCUGAGCCUGCGUACCCAGACGACUGCGGCGGAAUACAAGUUCUCGUACCAGGAGGAGGGCGGGCAAUGGACCGUGGCCGGAUCGGUGCGCGUUUCUGACCUGGUCGAGAGGGAGAUGACUGGCCCGGUCUUUGGGCUUUAUGCGCACGCUUUGGAGGAUGAAGGCGUCGGGCAAGGGGUGGUGUUCAGGAACUUUACGGUGAAUGGAGGGACUGACUGGUCUUGUUGA